AUGUUGAAAAACAUGAAGCUGGGUUACGUAGCAUCGAUUUUGGUUUUAUUCUCCAUAGCGGGUGUGGAAAGCGAAACGUCUCAGCGCCAUGAAGUGAGAAAAUUCCCCGAAGGAUUCCUCUUUGGAACCGCUACAGCUUCCUAUCAGGUCGAAGGAGCUUGGAAUGCAAACGGGAAAUCGGAAAACAUCUGGGACCACUUGGCUCAUACGAAACCGUGUUUAAUAUUAGACUGCUCGAAUGGAGAUAUUGCCGAUGACUCCUAUCAUCUAUACAAAAGAGAUGUGGAAAUGAUGAGAGAACUAGGCUUGGACUACUACAGUGCUCAGUGGUAUGAACCUGAGAGCGAAGAACAUGAGCAAGCGGCUAAGGAUUUAAACCAAUUUAUGUGGGCCCAAUACGUGCAUCCUAUUUUCUCAGAAACAGGUGACUAUCCACCAGCUAUGAAGGAGAGGAUUGCCGCCAAGAGCGCAGAGCAGGGUUAUUCUAGAAGCAGACUGAUCGAGUUUACUUCCGAAGAGAUUGAAUUCGUCCGAGGUACAUCUGACGCUUUCGGUUUGAAUCAUUACACGACCCGUAUGGCGUAUAGGAAUGAAUCUGUUUACACUAUGUUCGAUUCACCUUCGAUUCACGAUGACGUAGGUGUAGCGCAAUAUACCUUACCAGAAUGGCAGAUUGGAGAGUCACAGAAAGUACACGCUGUGCCAUGGGGUUUCUACAAAUUGCUAUCAUUCAUUCGGGCAGAGUAUGGAAAUCCAUCAAUAUAUAUUACGGAGAACGGUUUCGCAACAUUUGGUGGAUUAAAUGAUGAUCACCGCGUCUACUAUUAUAGAGAAUAUCUAUCUGCCAUGUUAGAUGCGAUUGAAGAGGGAUCCGAUGUAAAGGCUUAUACCGCUUGGAGUUUGAUGGAUAAUUUUGAGUGGAGAUAUGGAUACACAGAACGAUUCGGUUUGUACGAGGUAGAUUACGAUAGCACGAAUCGCACUCGAACACCAAGGAAGUCGGCUUACGUGUACAAAGAGAUUCUGCGCACACGCACCCUCGACCCCUCCUACGAGCCAGACAUGUCCAUCCCUCUGAGUAUUGACGAAGGCCAUUAA